UCCUAGCCACUGGCCACGCCGCACGGCCGGAUCCGGACCUCAUUGGCCCCACCCGCAGAGCCGCGCACCCCAGCCCGCCCGCCGCCCCCCGCCAGGCCCAAGCGAUGGAGCGCCAGCACCAAGACAGCAUACCCCAGGACCUGUCCGAAGCCUUGAAGGAGGCCACCAAGGAGGUGCAUGUGCAGGCCGAGAAUGCUGAGUUCAUGAGAAACUUUCAGAAGGGCCAGGUGACCCCGGAGGGCUUUAAGCUGGUGAUGGCCUCCCUGUACCAUAUCUACACGGCUCUGGAGGAGGAGAUUGAGCGUAACAAGGCAAGCCCCGUCUUCGCCCCCCUCUACUUCCCGGAGGAGCUGCACCGCAAGGCCGCCCUGGAGCAGGACAUGGCCUUCUGGUACGGGCCCCACUGGCAGGAGACCAUCCCUUACACGCCAGGCACACAGCACUAUGUGAAGCAACUCCACAAGGUAGGGGUCACCGAGCCCGAGCUGCUGGUGGCCCAUGCCUACACCCGCUACCUGGGAGACCUGUCUGGGGGCCAGGUCCUCAAGAAGAUUGCACAGAAGGCCCUGGACCUGCCCAGCUCUGGUGAAGGCCUGGCCUUCUUCACCUUCCCCAACAUCGAGAGUGCCACCAAGUUCAAGCAGCUCUACCGUGCCCGCAUGAAUACGCUGGAGAUGACCCCCAAGAUCAGGCAGAGAGUGAUUGAAGAGGCCAAGACCGCAUUCCUGCUCAAUAUCGAGCUGUUUGAGGAGUUGCAGGGACUGCUGACCCAGGACUCAAAGGACCAGAGCCCAUCUCAAGUUCCUGGGCUCCACCGGCGAGCCAGCAGCAGGGUGCAAGACUCCACAGAGGGUCCUAAAGGGAACGCCCAGCUCAGCAGACUCUCCCAGACGCCAUUCCUCCGAUGGGUCCUCACCUUCAGCUUUCUGGUGGCAACAGUGGCUGUGGGACUUUAUGCAAUAUGAAUGCUAGUGUGCUGGUCCCCAGGGACCAUGAACUGUCCAGUGAAGGACCCUCUCCUUGGAGAGGCACAGAAUCUCUUGCCUGAUUUUUCACUUUGGGACACUGGAAGCCUUCAGGGCUUCUAACCUUCUCCUCAUAUCCCUCUGAAAUGGAGGGAGGUGCUUGUGGCAUGUCCCCCGCUCCUGCCUGGAAAGCAUAUGUAGCACAUCCAGCCAGUGGCCUAGACAUCCAAACCCAGUGGCUCUGGUUCUUACAACAGAGCCCAGAAGAUAUGGCCUGGCUGAAAGCAGCAGCUAUCCUGAGCCUUCCUAUGUCCUUUGCCCCUGUAUCUACCUUGGCCAUGACCAUGACGGCUUUCUCAAGGGUUGUGAAAGGCAUUUUUUCUAUGUGCAGAGAUGUUGUGUCUUGUGUCUCUUUUUUUUUGUUGGAUCCACUCUUUGUUCUUGGUUCCACUUGAACAGUAUGGUAAUGUCUUAUGUUCUGUUGUUUUAUAACAAGUCUGGGCUGUCUCUUUGGGGAGGGUGGGGAGGGUGGGGGAGGGGGAGAUGUUUAACAAGAGUGGCUUUGGUUUCCAUGUUGGUAUGUAAUAAUAAACAACACUGUCUAACAGCAA